GACGCGCGGCGGGCUGUGUGGACGCUCCGUGGACGCACAACUUUUUUUUUUUUUGCAUCCCACCAAAACACGCACACGCGCACAUAAGAAGGGCCGCGCGCACGCCGCUGACGUGCACGUUUGUGGAGUACGGUGCCAUGUGAGGAGGGGCGGCAGGAGGCGGAGGGGGGUUCGCAUGCUGCGCUUCUUGGAUAUUGUCAUAUUUGGAUAACGUUUUCUGGAGGCGAGGAGCCAAGAGUGGGCAUUUGGAAGGAUUAUUAUUCCCCUUUUUUCUACUUCUUUGAUUGAAUUGGUUCUUUGGAAUUGGGAUUGCAGUGUGGGUGUCACUUUGGCUGCAGAAGGAUGGCAGCUUGGUUCACCUUCACCGUCGCCUUCAGCACCAUGGCACAGGUGUUUGCCUCAGGUGUUUUUGAGCUUCACCUCCACGACUUUAAGAACCACAGGGGUCUGCUGGCCAACGGGUUGCCGUGCAAGCCCAGCUGCAGGCCUUACUUCAGGGUGUGCCUGAAGAACUACCAGGCGGUGGUCUCACCAGGGGACUGCAUCUUCGGCAGCGCCCAGACGCCGGUGCUUGACUCCUCCAUCUCGUUCGGUGGAGCGCCACCCGAUCCCAUCCAGAUCCCCUUCAACUUCGGGUGGCCGGGCUCCUUUUCGUUAAUAAUCGAAGCCUGGCACUCUCCUCGUGGAAAUCUACCUGUAGAAACCAACAAACCAGACAUUCUCAUAAGCUUCUUCGCCAUCCAAAGACAACUGAGCGUGGGCAGCGACUGGUCACAGGACACGCAGAGCAGCGAGCAGACGGAGCUGAGGUAUUCCUACCGCUUCGUCUGCAACAAAAGUUACUACGGCGAGAGUUGCUCCAAGAAAUGCACGCCCCGGGACGACCGCUUCGGACACUACACCUGCACCAGGGACGGCCAGCUGUCCUGCCUGGUUGGCUGGAAGGGGGAAUACUGCGAAGAACCCAUCUGUCUGGAAGGCUGCAGCGAGAGGAAUGGCAACUGCUCCAAACCUGGCGAGUGUGUGUGUCGAGAUGGCUGGCAGGGCACCUUCUGCGAUGAGUGCAAGAAGUACCCGGCGUGUAAGCACGGCACCUGCCAGCUGCCGUGGCAGUGCAACUGUCAGGAGGGCUGGGGAGGCCUAUUGUGUGACCAAGAUCUGAACUUCUGCACACAUCACCAUCCCUGCGUGAACGGUGCCACCUGCAUGAACACGGGCCAGGGCAGCUACACGUGUACAUGCAUGCCGGGCUUCACCGGCGUCAACUGCGAGCUGGAGAUGCAGGAGUGCGACAGCAAUCCCUGCCGGAACGGAGGAAUAUGCACCAAUCUGGAAAGUGGCUACAUGUGCUCGUGUCUGGAGGGCUUCGAGGGCUCGCACUGCGAGCACAGCCUGCUGACGUGCGUCGAUUCCCCCUGCUUCCAUGGCGGCAAGUGCUGGGAGAAAGACAACGGGCGGAGCUACAUGUGCGAGUGUCCCCGCGGCUACACCGGCCUCAACUGCGAGAAGAGAGUGGACAAGUGCACGCCGCUUCCCUGCGCUAAUGGUGGUCAGUGCCUGAUCCAUGGUGACACUCGUGUGUGCAGCUGUCGCGCAGGAUUUACGGGCCAGCGUUGUGAAAUCAACAUCAACGAGUGCGCCGGCAACCCGUGUGUCAACGAUGGCACCUGCCUUGAUCGGAUCAACGACUACACCUGUGCAUGUCCCCCGGGGUACAGUGGACGCAACUGCGAAAGGGUCCCGGACGAGUGUCCCCUCCAUCCCUGCCUCAAUGGCGGCGUCUGCACCAGCAAGACCCCGGCAACUUGCGUCUGCCCGCCUGGCUACACUGGGGCCAGCUGCGAGUUCUUCGCCGCCGUGACUUCACAAGUGGGGGAGAUUCAAGAUGGCUUCCAGUGGGCGGCAGUGUCUCUGGCCGUGGGGUUAGUGGCGCUGUUGGUGUUGCUUUGCAUGGUGGGCUUGGCCCUGAGGCAUGUCCACCGGCAGGCUCGGAGGCAGUGUGAGGACACGGAGACCAUGAACAACGUGUCCAGCGCUCAGCGGGAUAACCUCAUUCCGGCGUCGCAGCUGAAAAACACCAACCAGAAAGUCAGCCUGGAGGUGGACUGCGACUCGGAGAAAUCGAACUUUACCCAUAAAAAUCAUCACUUGGACCCUUACAGCUCGAAAACAAAAGAGUUUAAGGAUAUGAAGUCGCAAGAUGACAAAAGUCUUAUUUAUGACAAGUGUUUAGAAGACAAAAGACCCUUGAGUAGAGUGUGCAGUGAAAAGUCAGAGUGUAGGAUAUCAACGAUAUGCUCGUCCAGAGAUUCUACGUACCAGUCGGUAUUUGUCAUAGCCGAUGCGAGGAGGGAGUGUGUCAUAGCGACCGAGGUUUAAAAUGAGUGCCGUAGGAGAGACACACAAACACAAUCAAAGCAGAAUUGGAACAUUCUGGAUUGUUUACAAAUGCCGAGAAGAGACUUGGAGGUUGUUUUUGCGACGUCAGCCGCUGCUCUCUGGAACACUUGAGGACACGGUGGAGGAACAUUUUAAUUUAUCAUCUCUCGGAUGGUUGAAAAGGAGGCGAAGGUGGAUCGCCUGCCCGCCAAUCAUUUUCUGGCCUUGUGUAAUAAUCACGAUCACGACGAUGACUGACAGCCAGCCAAUCAGUGAAAGUUGCCUGAGAUUUUUUUUUUCGAGCCCCACCCUCCUGGAAACCCCUCACUCCUGUUGGUCACUCCUGCCACCUUCGCCUUCUAUGCAAAAACAAAAACUCAGGGUCAACACCCACAAUCCAACGUCACAAACACUGAGAGUAAUGAAUGUCUGAACGUCUUCGAUUUGAGUUCACGAGCAGCCUUAAAAACGGGGGUGUUGGGGAUGGGGGGUUGGGGGAAGGUUAAAUUGCUAAAUUUGUGCCCUUGUCUCCUUUUGGAUUGUUUGCACUACAAAAAUGACAAAUGAAGAAAACACUUUUCAAUCAGCAAAGACUUGCAGCAGUCAAACGUACGCAUAGGAAGCGUCUCUAUGCAACCUGAGCGAGACAAACACAAAAAGACUCACACCACCACUGCCUGCCUGCCUUUGACACAGUUCAAAACUACAGAACCACUAAUGUAAUUGUUUUUUUAAAUGAUUUGCAGAGUUUAAUUUAAAUACGACACAUUGCUCUUUAUAUGUUUUAUAAUAUUAUUUUGUAUAUAAUGCAUAUUUAUAAGGACCAAACUUCUGAGGAAUAAACUUUGUGGAAAAAAACGGUUUUAAGGUAUUUCGGAGGUGUUUGAUGCGAACAUGUGCUUUGUGUGUAUUGCUCGUCUAUGGUGGAUCAAUUUUAAUGACUGCCAUGGAACAAAUGUGACAUGGCUUAUGAAUAUGAACUCCAGCUGCACAUCACAUGACAUACAAGAUUUUUUUUUAACACAGGAGACAUAAAACAAAGACCCCCACCCUCCAUCCCUCCCGCCUUAUUUCCUGACUGCCGCAUCACUACUUUGAGUAAUUCCUGGAAAUGCCUUUGGCUCUCGUCCCACCCUGUGUUCUCUCCGCGCACCCCUCAAAUUGGCUUGAAAUUCAAAUCCGUUUCCAUGGAGAACGGGCCCCCUCGAGCUGCAAACAGUGAAACAAAGCUCGGCCCCACCUCUCGUAAUGCUCUCAUGCACGCGU